GCGCGUCCUUGCCCAGCAGAGCUGUCGCGCGGCGUCGUGGUCACGUGGGCGCCUCAUUAGCAUGCCGAUUGCCUCUCGUUCCCGGUCCGCCGGCUGGCGGAGUCACCUGGGCGGCGCGCGGGGGGCGCGCGGGCUCCUGCUGCAGUGCGGGGCGGCGCGAGCCGCCCGCUGCGUCCCUGCCCCUGCGGCUGCGGGAGGCUCCUGGCCGGUCUUGGAGGCUCGCCGCGCUUGGCAGGUGCCGCCGCCUGGCUUCCCGCCCCUUCCCGCAACUAUAUAUGUUACGAGCCGCUGUUGACCUUGGACGACUGCGCUGAGACUGUUCUAUGGCUUCCUUUCCCUCCCACCAGGAACGGCCCAGAUAAGCUGCUAUGCGUCUUCUUGUAUCCUGCCUACCGGAUUUCACAAGGAUUUGUUUCUUGGUUUGUCUUUUCUUUUCCAAGAGCCUGAAGGUCCAACACUGACCCAGUGUGUGAUUAGCAGCAAUGUCAGGACAUAGAGCAUUAGUUCCAGAGCAGAACAGCAGCAGCAGCAGCAGCCAGGAAAACAAAACUUCAAAUAUGCGAGUCUCAGAAAAAAAGUGCUCAUGGGCUUCUUAUAUGACCAACUCCCCUACUUUGAUUGUAAUGAUUGGCCUUCCUGCCCGGGGCAAGACUUAUAUGUCCAAGAAAUUAACACGCUACCUCAACUGGAUUGGCGUGCCUACAAAAGUGUUUAAUCUAGGAGUGUAUCGUCGUGAAGCAGUGCAGUCAUACAAGUCCUAUGAUUUUUUCAGGCAUGAUAACAAAGAAGCCAUGAAGAUUCGGAAACAGUGUGCCUUGGUGGCUCUGGAAGAUGUGAAAGCUUAUGUCACGGAGGAGUGCGGGCAGAUAGCUGAAGUGAAGGUCUCCAGCCCUGACUACCCAGAGAGAAAUAGAGAGAAUGUGAUGGAUGAUUUCCUGAAGAGGAUAGAGUGCUAUAAAGUCACAUAUCAGCCCCUUGAUCCAGAUAAUUAUGACAAAGACCUUUCCUUCAUUAAAGUGAUCAAUGUGGGACAGCGGUUCCUGGUAAACCGUGUCCGGGAUUACAUCCAGAGUAAAAUCGUCUAUUACCUAAUGAACAUUCACGUCCAGCCGCGCACCAUCUACCUUUGCCGACAUGGUGAAAGCGAAUUUAACCUUGUUGGCAAGAUCGGUGGGGAUUCUGGCCUGUCACCGCGUGGGAAGCAGUUCGCUCAAGCCCUUAAAAAAUUCAUUGCCGAGCAGGAGAUUGUGGAUUUGAAGGUUUGGACGAGCCAGCUGAAGAGAACCAUCCAGACAGCCGAGUCCUUGGGGGUCCCCUAUGAGCAGUGGAAGAUUCUGAAUGAGAUUGAUGCUGGAGUGUGUGAAGAGAUGACAUAUGAAGAAAUUGAAACUCAGUACCCAGAUGAGUUUGCGCUGAGGGAUCAAGAUAAAUAUCUUUAUCGUUAUCCUGGAGGAGAGUCAUACCAAGACUUGGUCCAGCGUUUGGAGGCUGUGAUUAUGGAGCUAGAGCGUCAGGGCAGCGUUCUGGUUAUUGCCCACCAGGCUGUUAUGCGGUGCCUGUUGGCCUACUUCCUUGACAAGAGUGCAGAUGAGUUGCCAUAUCUGAAGUGCCCCCUUCACACCAUAUUCAAGCUCACACCAGUUGCUUACGGGUGUAAAGUGGAAACAAUCACCUUGAAUGUUGAAGCAGUGAAUACCCAUCGAGACAAGCCUUCUGGGAGUACUAACAGCCUUUCAAAGAGCCAAACCCCUGUAAGGAUGAGAAGAAACAGCUUUACACCUCUGGCCAGUCCGGACACAAUAAAGCGCACACGAAAUUACAGUGUUGGGAGCAGGCCUCUCAACCCAAUGGGGUCUCUGCUAUUCCCAGAGGCUCGAGAUGGGGCUGAUCAGCAGAAACUACAACUUCAAAUGGGAAGUGCUUGCUUGUGAGUAUCACUGAACGUAGCUUGUAUGCAUUCUCUCUGGGUUUCUUUAGUAAGUAGCAAUUCUCUUAAUUAUAAUUGCAUGGCAAUCAUUUGUGGGGACAAUGAAUGCUUGGGGCAGAAGGAAAUAAUUUGUCACAUAAUAGUCCAGCAAAUCAAAGAGAGGCCAUUGUUGGUGGAGAAUCUAUUUAUCAUCGGUGAAAUUCAUCAUCUGCAGAGGCCAGCGUGAAGGUUGAAAUUGAAUUUAAUGGUGCAUAGGCUUCAUGCUGGCCAUCUGCAGAGGGGUGAAUUUCACCCCAGAUCAGCAAGAUUACUGGGGUAGAUGAAUAGUUUAUCAGGCCCCAAAUACGUUCUGGGUGUAACCCCAUAGAAAUAAUUCAGUGGAAUUACACCAGGGGAGAUUUUGGUGUCUGUCUAUGUAGUCCUGUUGUUGAUCCAUGUUAGGAAUUCCCUACCAAGAUGUAUAAAGGGCGAGUUACGCACAGAGGUGGAUGGCAUGAUGCAGCCCUAGUCAGCAGGACUUCAGAACCAUUUACAUGAAGGCUUUAAUAAAUUUCUGCCAGAAGUCUAGUAGCCUGAGCCAGGAACUUCUUGAGUUUUAAUUCCUGCUGGGACACCAACUCUCUGAGGCCUUGGGCAAGUCUCUUACCCUGUCUGCCUCAGUCCCCCAUAUAUGAUAGGCAAGUAUUAUCUCUCAGAGUUUUUGUGAUGGUUAUUUAAUUAUAGCCUAGUCCCAAAUGGUGCUGAAAACCCUCAACAUCCAUUGACUUCAAGGAGGUGGUUGAAUUAAUUUCCCACCUUACAGGAGAAACUUGGUCCCUCACAGGAUUGUGAACUUUGUAAAGUGCUUAGACAGUGAAGAGUGCUAUGUUAGUGUUAAGUAUAAUUAUUAAUCGUCACUAACAUAAUCCUACUGGAAGGGUGAAUUGGAUGGGGCUGAAGGAUACUGUAGCAUCUCUCUUUCUCACAUCCAGUGAGAAAGGACACAAAUAGUCUAUUAUCCCUUCUCUCCAGGGAGCCAGCAAACAACAUCACCUGUGAGUCCUUGGUUUCUGUCUCAGCCACCAAGUGAGGCUGUCAAGCGAGAAGCCUUUAGUAUCACACGGUACAGAAGGGCCAGGAAAUGAUCCGUGCUUCCCUUUGUGCCUAUGUUGCUCAGAACCAACCUUGCUGACCACGAGGCCCUUUCUUGUCCCUGCUUUAAAUGCCUGAGCGAAUGUCACUGCAAAUGUUAAUACAAAUAUCUCUUGAUGUACCUGAUGUUUCAGUUUAUACCUUACCUGUGAAAUUGACUUCUAUAAGUUUGAUGUUGCAUUUUAUUGACCUUAUUUGUGAAAUGGACUGUGCAAUGUGAGAUUUGGUUUUAUUUAAGUUUGUUGUGGUUCUUAGUAGGUGUCUCUUUGGGUUUGUAUGGGUGUGUUUUAAUGUUAUCACAGCAUUUUUGCUUUCUCCUCUGGGGAGUGGUAUCAUUUUCCCCUAUGCAUUUGUGGCAACUCCAUUUAAAUGCCUGUGGUAUUGCUUAUUUGCCAGCUGUCGAAUACUCUUUGCCUAGAGAGCUUCACCCACUGUGGUUGCAUGCCGCCACGUGGAUAUGGAGUGGAAGUUGUUUUAUGCCCAGUUGUAGCCAUUUGGCAUGAAAUCUCUUUCUCUCUCUGCAGUGAUUUUUGACAGUGCCUGGAACGCACUUCUGUACUCAACAGUGUUAUUGUUGCUACACUGAAUAAGUGACUUUGCUUUAAGGGAAUAUUCUCAAAAGAAGCUGAAAAAUGUUUGCAUUAGAACAAGGCCUUCAAAAAAACUCCUUCUCCUUGUUGACCACCUUGGCAGCCAGAGGCAUGUUUUAGAAUUGGGGUCUGGGAGUCGAAAGUUAUGGGUUCCAUAUUGACUAAUUUUAUGGUAUUGAGCACAUCACUUAAUCUCCCUACACCUUGGUUUCCCAUCUGGGGAAAGUGCCCAUGUUUAUAAAGCGCUUUGAAAUCAUCCGAUGAAAGGUGCUAUGUAAGUGCCAAAUAUCAUUGUCGUGGACUAUAGAGGAGCUCGUUUUCACUAUUGGAUUACAAUUAGAAAACUGAUCUUGAAACAGUUUUUUAAAAAUCUCUGGUUUCCAAGGUUUUCUCAUGGGGAUCCUCUCAAUCUGGUAUUGCAUGUCAAACUGUCAAGAUGACUGUGAUGGUCAGUUAUUCUCUUUUUAACUUUGUUAAAACACGUCAGUUUUUGUUUUUUUUGUUUUUUUUUUCAUUUCAUGGAUCCAGUGGCCAGGAACUACCCCAUGUAGAGGGAUGCACAAACUCCACUCUUCCAAACUAUUCCUCUUGGGUGUUCCAGUUAUUACAGUACAUGGACCCUAAUGCACUCUCUCUCACACACUAAAGGGUAUCCAAGACAGAAUUUAACCCUAUAGAAAUUUGUUUGCUAUUCAACAGAGUUGCAAAUACUUCUUGAUACUAACAACAUUAUGCUCUGAGGAACAGAGAUCCUAUGGCCUUUUCCAUUUUUAUAGGCAAUGCACUUGUCUUUCACUUUUGUUGGCAGAAAAAAAAGGGAGAGAAAUGCAUUUUUUUUCCCCUGUGACACUGAAGUUAGAUGCCUUGUCCUAUUUGACAGUUUAAUUUUAGAGCUGUAUUGAAACUGCUUUUUAAAUUGUCAUUUGCUGAGCUGCCUUAACUUACACUUUGCACUUCUGAAUCAUACGCCAGUUCUCUCUCUAUGUAGAACUGUAUUCUGUAGAUGGAAGGGAAAAUGGCUGCUAGUUCAAUUAUUUUCCAGACAUCUAACACACAUAGUUAGAAUGGAAAAUUAAGGUUUCAUAAAAGAGACUCUGUUCAUAUUUCAUUCUAAGACGGUACCAAAAGAAGGAACCCUACAGUCAGGCUUGGGUCUUGCUGUUUUCCGAUGUCACUUAAACACCUCUUUCAAGCAGGGAGGGCUGUACUUUGUGUUGAAUCAAUACAAGCAAAACGUCCAUUCAGAAUCGAACAACUUCCGUUGAAUGUCUGCAGAAGUUAUGAAUACGCAUCUACAGGCACAAUCAGAACUUACAGUUGCCACACAGUGAUAUACACAGGAGCAGUUUGUAACUCAUCUUCUAACAAUAGGAUUUUGAGUUUAAUUGCACUUUGUAAUUAAAGUGAAUCUCUUUAGCACUUUUACUGUGAUUACAUAGCCUCCCUGUUUGUAACCAGCAUUUUAUAGGCAUACAUUCCUUAGGAUAAAUGACUAUGUUAUGGGUUUCAGGGUAAUGUGCCUUGUUUUGUCUUUUAUUCUCUCUAUCUUAACAUUUUAAAUAACAGAUACAGAAAAGUUUUAUUUAAAUUAUAGUGAUGUUGUGACUGUUUUACCAAAGCUGCAAUAAUGCACAAAAUGUCAGUGGAUGUUGCUAGAAUGAGUGAAUGUUUUGGGUAUUGUCAGCAAAAUAAUUAUGCAGAAAUGGCACCUUCUUAGUUUGCUCCCUGGGAGUCUCUACGUUUCAUCUGUGGACUUUACUGACACAAACAUGGACACACGGGAAAGCAAGAUGGAUUUUAUUCUCCUCCCCUCGCUGUGGGGCUGAUCGUGUUCCCACUAAAGUCGGGAAAGUUUUGCCACGACACAAGGAGCAAGCCCCAGUAGAAUGAUCCGGCUCAGGUCCAGUUGCAGAGUCUGUAUUGCUGGGGAUGAGGUAAGAGACAAAAGGGUCCCAGCAAGUCUCCCGGUGGGAGCUUGUGUCACUGGCAACUAGGUAAAUUGUCAUUUUUCACUUGUAAAUUGAGCAAAUAAGAUUUCUAAUCAACAAGGGUGAAAUUCACCCCUGGACCGAGAAACAAGCCCUGCGUGCUGCUUAUGCCUGGCCUUUGUGCUGGUACUUUGCACAGACAUUAAUUGUACCCUGAGGAAAUAAACCUGCCGCCUUCCCCCGCCCCCAAAUGCCAUUUUAGCAAUGUUAUUUUCUAACCAUAAUUUGACUUUAAGCUUGAGUCUCUAUAUGAAGAAGCUGAUGGAGGGGGGUGCAAUCACACUGAUGGAAUUUAGUCCAACACUUCAUGGAAUUUAGUCUACAACAUUCUUUUUUUUUUUUUUCCCUAAUGGUUUUGUUUUGCAUUAAAACUCAGUGUGAAUGUGUUGCUAUAGACACGUUCUUUAUAAAAUAUUAGCAUCUUAUAUUGACAUUGGUUCGUUAUUAAAAGUUGCUUGUUUUUUUCUGUUUGGGAUUUUUUGUGUGGAGGAAGUUUUAUUUUUAAUCAAAUGUGAUUUGUUUGUAAAUCACACAUGGAAAAAUAUGUCAUGUCUGAUUUUCUGAAUGUUUUGUUUUUAAAAGAGUAAAUGUGUUUUGGUGAUUUUUGUCAUUGAAUCAAUGACAUAGUUCGCUUCUCUUUACUGCAAAACACUGGCGAUUAUACCCUAAGAAAAAUGACAGACUGAUUUGCAAGAUUGGCCCACAAUCUUCAGAAGUGCCCCUUAUGUCUGAAGGGCAGGUGCUCAGCAAUUUCUGCAAUUCAGGCCCCUUUAAAGUGACUCAUGUUGGGCACCUAAAUACAUUAGUCGCUUUUGAAAAUCUUGGCCUUUGUAUUUUAGUUUAUAUAACUUCGUGUCUGUAAAGUUACCUGCUAGUUUUGCUCACAUGAAUGCAUUCUCUUUAUAAACUGCAUCAGAACAUCAUUAGUACAUUUCCUGUACGGAAGGAGCAUAGUUGUAAAACCAGCAAAGUGUUUCACUUGGUUGGGUUUUUUUUGUGCAAAUAUGGGCCUGCAAAAUAGAUAUUGUAAUGUUGCUUCUGAAUAUUGGUGUUGUAAACUUCCUUGUGGAUCAGAUAAAUAAAAUUAAGUAACUUUGAACCACUCAA